UAGGAGUAGGUCGUGUCCGUGUGGUAUUUUUCGGCAUCAUUUAGCUGAAGGGAGUGUGAACGUGUACGUGUGAUGUGUUGGACAAGUGAAAAUCGGUCUUCACGGUCCGCCGUCUCCUACCGCCUGUGACGAAAACCUGGGCUGUGCUUUACACGUACGCCGUGACAUGCUGGGCAUCCUUCGUGCGGCUUCCAAAGCAUCGGCGAAAACACCGCGCAAUGACCAGUCGACUGCGAGCGCCUUUUAGGACUACACCGACGUCUAUCAUCCCGUGGUCACACUGAGCUCCGAGCCUGCUUCGAUGACGCCGCGGAUUUGAUCGCCUGGCUCCUGUUUUCCCCCUCGUUAUUCCCAAACCCAGUGUUUCAGCUCCGUGCCAAGAUGGUGCAAAAGUACCAGUCCCCCGUGCGCGUCUACAAGUAUCCGUUCGAGCUUGUAAUGGCGG